AUGCUGUUAGAGCAGGACGAAAAUACCCUGUUGUCUGGAGGGCGAGUCAAAUACAGCGAGCAUGUUACCCAAACCACAGUCGCCGCCCGACCGGAAAAUCCCCUUUUCAGCCGGAAGAAUCGUUUCCAGGCGGAGACUACUGCCGUGAGGACGGUGCGGUUCUCCGUCACCGACCCCGACGCUACCGACUCGUCCGGGGACGAACGGGAUGGAUUAUCCGUCAAACGGCGGCGGGUCAGGAGGUUUAUUAGCGAGGUCAGAAUCCAGCACUGCUGCGGAGAUAACGGAAUAGUUGGCGGAAGUGCAAACGGCGUCUCCAGGAGCAGCCGGCGGAGGACGAGGGCCGGAGCCGGUGAAAAAGUAGACCGGAAGGAGGCGGAGGCGGCGAGGGCACCGGCGAAGGCGGGGAGUCCGAGGAAGUUCCGAGGGGUGAGGCAGAGGCCGUGGGGCAAGUGGGCGGCGGAGAUCAGGGACCCCUGCAAGAAGGUGAGGCUCUGGCUGGGGACUUACGACACGGCGGAGGAGGCCGCCAUGGUGUACGACCACGCGGCCAUCCAGCUGCGUGGCCCGGACGCGCAGACAAACUUCUCCGCCCCGCCGGCGGGGUACAACUCCGGUGAGGAGUCGCCGUCGCAGUCGCACAACACCGCGGCCAAGUCGCCCAAGUCCGUCCUCCGGUCUGUCUCGGCGGUUGAAUCCCAAGCGGAGGUCGAAGCCGAAGCUGAGACCGAGUCGUGCUCUGUUUUCUCGCAGCCGGAAGGUACCGUUUCGAGGAGCGACGGGAAUUUCCCGGAUUUCUCGAUUUUUGGGCCGAGUGACGAUUUGUUUGCCGAGUUGGAGAACUCGGUGGUGGCGCCCAGUUUGUUUGACAAGGACGGUUUCUCGGGCGGAAUUUUCGGGCCGGAUUUCUGCUGCCCGGGUGAUGUGCUUAACGGGUUGAGUGCAGAUUUCGGGUUCGGUCCCUCCACCUGGCAGGUGGAUGAUUGCUUUCAAGACAUUGGUGAUAUAUUCGGGUCGGACCCGCUGUUGGCCCUUUGA